GUCAUCCCAGCAAAACAGUGUCGAUCUGUCGCGGUGUUUUGAUUCGAUGUGAGAAAUUGUGGGCGAAAUUUCCUUUAAAUUUCUCAAAACACAAUAGGUCAAAUUGACCUCCCAGCACCAGCCAUGGGAACGGAAUCCUGGGACACCUUGCGAAAGCAAGCCCGUCACCUGGAGAACGACAUCGACCUGAAGCUGAUCGCUUUCAACAAGGUCGGAGCGGCGGCACCGGCUCCGGCCGCUGGAUCUUCCGACACGGCACCCCUUUUGGGCGACCACGUCUUUGAGUCGCUGUCGCUGGAGAUUGAACAGAUGCUGGACAAACUGUCCGGGCUGAACGAGAAGAUGGCCGAGAUUCCGGGGACCGGUGCGGCCGUCAUGCACGUCUUGCAACGGCACCGGGAGAUUCUGCACGGCUAUCGGCAGGAAUUUCUCAAAAUACAAGCAAAUCACACCACACGGAUGGAGCGGGAAGAACUGCUGCGGGGCUCCGGGUUGGGACCGUCGAUGAGUUCACCGUCCACGUCCGGACUUAGCCGGAGGGACAUGUAUCUGAAGGAGAACACACAUUUGCACAAUUCCAGCUCGAUGGUCAACGACCAGAUUAGCAUCGCGAUGGAGACCAAGGAGCACCUGACGAGCCAGCGGCAGCACAUGAAGCGCUUCCAGACGCGAAUGCACGACAUCUCGCACCGGUUUCCGCUGAUAUCGAGCCUGGUCCAGCGGAUCAACAUCCGGAAGCGGCGCGAGUCGCUCAUCCUCGGCGGCGUCAUCGCGGUCUGUACGAUUCUGCUGCUGAUGUACGCGUUCCACUGAUCAACAACGACACUCCUGUGACAAGAGAUAGAUCGACCGGCCAGAGAAGAGAUGGACACGUUUUUGAAACGAAAGAACGGAAGCAGCUCUGGCGCAAUAAUUAUUUAAAGUUUUUAUUUUCAUUGUUCAACCGCUACCGUUAGAUAGGAGAGCUGAAAGUUAUUUAAAAGAAACAAAAAUGGGCAUGUAUCAGAACACACGGUUAUUUAUCCUGGAAGAUUAAUAAAACAGUAGUCGCAAUUGACGGCAUUUGUGAUAAAGAA